GUUUGGUUGCAGCCAACAUACCACCCCAGAACAAAGGAUCCCCUCUCUCCCUCCCAGGCUGCAGUUUUUGUAAGGGAAAGCCAGUUCAACGAAGAAGACCUACAGAUCAAGACAUACCAGUCCAAAAUGGCGGAGAUAGAAGACAUAUUUGAGGGAGUUGAAGAAGCCAUUGAUGGAGCUGAAGAUGACAUUGAAGACCUAUCAGAAGAAGCACAAGAGGAAAUAAAAGCAGAAGUAGCUGAAGCACGAGCAGAAGUUGAAGAGCUUUCCAAAGUUAGCGAGACCUUAAAAACCUUGCUUCAAUACGUCACAACAAGUAUACCAAAAAUAGUAGGAUUUGUUGUGAAAAAUUUAGCUAUCGGUGCUAUCUUGUGGGGUGUAAAUGUUAUUCUUAACAAAUUGCUUCCCGAUAAACAACAAUCCAAGGAUGUACAGAGAAAGCGUGCUGUGAUUAAGGCAUUAACCGCAAUCAUUAAAAAUGAAACAGGCCUCAGUGAAAAGCUCCUAAAGUGGAUGACAGACCACAAAGAUGAUAUGAUUCAACUGGAAGAAUUUGAAGUACCAAUGGAAUCAAUUAUUCAGAAAUACAUUGGACCAGUAUCUGAUGCCGUUGAGCAAGCCUUCAAAGUUGCAAACUCACUCACGAAAAAGAUUGACGGGAAAACCCAGAUCAACAUCCCAACAGCAGAAGACAUCCAGCAGUUCCUUGCAGCUGCCGAUGCAUUUCUCCAAGCCUUCAGUAAUUUGAUUCAGUUUGUCUCCACACAUGUUCAACAGAUUAAAGAGCUUAAAACCUUUCCAUUGACACAGGCAGACAUUGACUCUCUUAAAACUCAGCUGGAUGAUGCUAAGGCCUUACCUUUGUGGUAAACAAAAAAUAUGUCUUGACUUUUGAUAAUGUAUAGGAUCAAAAGAGACAGGCACACACUGCUCCAAAAGCUUGCAUUUUUCUCAUAUUCACGAUUAAAACAGCUAAUAAUAAACUCUGGAAAGUUAAAAUAUUCAAAACGCAGUUUUUGUUUUCUGGUAUAACUGUUUAUUAACAUAGACGUGAAUGAUUAAAACACAAUUGUUAAUAGAAAUACAAUGCUUGAGCUUCAACUAAACACGACAAGAUUAAAAAAGCAAUAUAAUUGUGUGUAUUUUUCAUUUUACCAUUUUUAUUCUUCACAAGUAUAAAUGUUGUUGUGAUAUAUGUGACUCAUAUUAUUAAGUGGCUUCUCAUUAAAAAAAGAACAAACA